AUGAGUUUUGAGAAGUUUCGUCGUACUGGUGAAUUAUCCGAUGUUACAGUGAUCGUAGAUAAAACUGAAUUUAAACUACAUACAUUUCCAUUAAUUACAAAAAGUGAUUACUUUAAAAGAGCUAUAGAAUCAUCAACAAAAUCUGCUCCAUAUGUUAUUCGAUUAGACAAUAAUUUUCCAGGUGGUGCUCAAGUUUUUAAUCAAUUAGCAGAUUAUUUUUAUUCAAUACCAAUACCUAUUGAUCAUAAAAAUAUUAUUCCUCUUCGUUCAGCAGCAUGUUUUAUUGAAUGUGAUACAUUAGCUUCAUUACUUGAUGAACGUUUUGAUCGAAUUCUUUUAAUUGCACGAGCUAAAUAUGAUUUGGGUAUCCCAUUAGUAUUACUUGAACAAUGCAUUGGUGAAUAUCAACAAUGGGCGAAACAAACACAUAUUGUUGAUAAAUGUCUUGAAUCUAUUCUUGAAUCAUUAGUUCGUGGUACUGGUUUACAAUUAAGUAUAUCGGAUUGUGAAAUAAUUAGUCGUUUACCACUUGAAUGGAUUAUUGAAUUAAUUAAAUUAUGUCCAACAGAAAGUAAAUUUGCUGUUCUACCUUUGGCUAAACAUUACAUUACAGUACAUAUACUUGAUCAAAAUCAAUUGUAUACUUCUAUUUCAUCAUCUACACAUAAUGGAUAUGAACAUAAAAAUAGUUUUAUACCUAUUACAAAAAAAGAACAUAUGUCAAUAACAACCAAUGAUGAAAAACGAGCAAUACUUGAUCAAAUUGUUCAAACAUUAGGAAGUAUACUUGAACAAUUACCCCUUGUGUGGCUUAAUGCUGUUUAUGAGAGAGCAGUUGAAUUAAGAUGUGAAUGUGAAUCGAUAUUAUCGUCUUAUAUAACAUAUGCUAUUCUUAAUUCAAAUGAUAUAGAUAAAAAUAUAGAAAAUAUUCCUGAUGAAAUUAUGACUAGAUUGUUAGAACGUGUUAACAACUAUAAAGAACAACAUAUUCAAGAUCCACAAGUAUUAGCAAAAUUAUCUUCCUUAAUUGAUUCAUAUGUUGAACAACUUCGUCAACGAGGUGUACUUACAAGUGAACAAUUUGUUAAAUUAGCUUCAUGUAUACCAAAAGAACAACGAAAUUCACAUGAUAGUCUUUUACUUGCACUCGAUGAUAUCCUUAAAAAUGAAAAUUCAACAACAUUGAGUAGUACUGAACGAGAAGAACUACUUAAUCAAAUUGAUUUUUCACGUGUAAAUGAAGAAACAAUUGCUGCAUGCAAAAAUAAUAAACUUAUUCCACAACAAUUAAUUACUGAAGCUGCUUUGGCUCUUUGUGCUAAAUUAAGAAAACAACUGGAUGAAACUCGAACUCGUUUAUGUUCAAUUGAAAAUGAAUUAUCCAAAUCUCGACCGACAUAUACUAGUCCAAGUUAUCGAACACGUUUUUAUGACUCAUCAUUAGGUAUUCCAACUCGUUUUCGUACUAAAUAUAUAAAUAAUUAUGAUUUACCAUUAAGCAGUUCGACUUAUAGUUACUCAAAAUAUGACAAUGAUAGUGAUUUUGAUAGUAUUUUACCAUCAAGAUAUCUCUCAGCAUCUUUACGUAGUCGAUACGGUAGUUAUUCUACUUAUCGUCAUUAA